ACGAGUCCCGGUAGCCAUGGUGAUGCGUCCUGCUCAGGUGUCAUCAGGUGGAGAAUGGAGAGGAACCCGGGGCUUCCCGAUCAUCAGCAGCUGCUGGAGGAGCUACAGGCGGAGCGGAGGAUGAAGGAAAUGUUACAAGCAUCUAUAUAUGAAAGAAGAAAUGCAAUUGCAGACCUGGAAAGGAAACUGAGUAGUGUGGAUGAUGAAGGCAAUGAAUGGAAAACAAGGUAUGAGACACAGAUUGAAUUUAACAGACAACUAGAACGGCAAAUUCGUAUGCUUCAAGAAAAAUCUGAGCACAUACGAGGCAAUCCAACAGAUCGUCUGUCAUCCAUUCGUUCCUAUGACCAAAUGCCUGAAGGUGCAUUAAACCAGUAUCUAAAGCGGUUGGAAGAUGAGAAGAGUUUAAUAGAAAAUCAAUUAAAAGAUUUUGAACUUCGAAUAGAACAAGAAGCGAAGGCAUACUACAAAGUUAUUGAUGAAAGAAGAAUAUAUGCUUCAGAGAUUUCCCAGACCUCAGUCAUACAGGAUGCUGUUAAGAAACAGCCAGCUGAUGCAGUACAUGUCACCAGGGAAAAUCCAGGCAAU